CCUGGCGACCGUUACGAGAAUGAAGCAUGUUUAGAACGAGCAGAAGAUGGUAAUACAACUGGACAAUUCGACCCCGUUGGAGAAAAUUCAGGUGAAAAAGAGGAUGACUUGAACCAAGUCGAAUUUGUACUACCACAAGGCUUGAUGCUUGAUGCUGCUUCCAGUAAAGUCGUGAAACGGUCCAUGAAAAAAGGUGAAGAACGAAAGAAGGGCCCCGAAAAACAAAAAGAACGUAAGAGUAGUGAAGUGGAACAAAAGCCAACCUACCGAGAAGAAUCGAAUUGUGCAAAUAAAUAUCAGCAAAAAUAA